UGUGACCGUUCCGUCGCAUAGUGCUUGUGCUUCAUCAUCCGCAGAAACUUCAGUAGCUUUGUGUUAGCUGUCCGAAUUUCGGCGGUAACUAGUGAAAAACUCAUCUAAGUCGACCGCAUGAACAGUAGUCUGUGCGUUUGCGGGUCAAAGCUCAGGCACAACCUCGAGUCCAGCAGCGCUGAGCAACCCAGAGAAUGACUUGUCAAAGAGAUUUGUGCCACUGGUGAGAGGAGUUCGGCGUGUUGAGUUUCCCGUUUCGUGGCUUUGCCGUUUUCGCGCAUCCCGCCUGCGGGCAUACUGACAACGAGACUAGCGAAUUGUAAUUUUCUUUCGAGAUAAAUUAUAUUAAAUUGCGUACCGUGCUGCCGUGUGUGGUCCAAAAAGAGCGCCAGCGAUAGCCACUGCGUGGUGCGCGAGUGUGUGUGCGUGUGCGAAGCGAAGUAGCAACAAAAGCAGCCUCAGCAGCAGCGAGACGAAUCCAAACACAGCCAACAGCCAACAAAUUCUACAAACACACAAACAACAACACAAUGAUGAAAAUGGAGACUGACAAAAUAAUGGACGAAACCAACUCCAAUGCCCAGGCGUUCACAACCACCAUGCUGUACGACCCGGUGCGCAAGAAAGACUCCUCGCCCACGUACCAGACAGAGCGGGAACUCUGCUUUCAGUACUUCACCCAGUGGAGCGAGUCGGGACAGGUAGACUUUGUGGAGCAGCUGCUGUCGCGCAUGUGUCACUAUCAGCACGGCCAGAUCAAUGCGUAUCUGAAGCCGAUGCUCCAGCGAGACUUUAUCACAUUGCUGCCGAUCAAAGGCCUUGAUCACAUUGCCGAGAACAUUUUGUCCUACUUGGAUGCCGAAUCGCUCAAAUCCGCGGAGCUGGUCUGCAAGGAAUGGCUGCGGGUCAUAUCCGAGGGGAUGUUGUGGAAGAAGCUCAUCGAGCGCAAGGUGCGAACAGAUUCGUUGUGGCGUGGACUUGCCGAGCGGCGCAACUGGAUGCAGUAUCUGUUCAAGCCAAGACCGGGCCAGACCCAACGGCCACACUCAUUCCAUCGCGAGCUGUUCCCCAAGAUAAUGAAUGACAUUGACAGCAUAGAGAAUAACUGGCGAAUUGGUGGCCACAUGCUGCACCGCAUCAAUUGCCGGUCUGAGAACUCGAAGGGUGUCUAUUGCCUGCAGUACGACGAUGGCAAGAUUGUAUCCGGGCUCCGGGACAACACUAUCAAAAUCUGGGAUCGCACGGAUCUGCAGUGCGUCAAGACCCUCAUUGGCCACACUGGUUCAGUGCUGUGCCUGCAGUACGACGACAAGGUAAUCAUCAGUGGAUCCAGCGACUCCACAGUCCGGGUAUGGGACGUAAAUACCGGCGAGAUGGUCAACACCCUCAUCCAUCACUGCGAGGCGGUGCUGCAUUUGCGCUUUAACAACGGCAUGAUGGUGACCUGCUCCAAGGACCGCUCCAUCGCCGUCUGGGACAUGACCUCGCCCAGCGAGAUAACUCUGCGCCGCGUUCUCGUCGGCCAUCGGGCUGCCGUCAAUGUGGUUGACUUUGAUGAGAAGUAUAUUGUGUCCGCCAGCGGGGACCGCACCAUCAAGGUCUGGUCCACCUCGAGCUGUGAAUUCGUGCGCACCUUGAAUGGCCACAAGCGUGGCAUCGCCUGCCUUCAGUAUAGGGAUCGGCUGGUAGUCAGCGGCAGCUCAGACAAUUCCAUAAGAUUGUGGGAUAUCGAGUGUGGUGCUUGUCUCCGUGUCCUGGAGGGGCACGAGGAGCUGGUUCGCUGCAUCCGUUUCGAUACGAAGCGAAUCGUUAGCGGCGCCUAUGACGGCAAGAUCAAGGUGUGGGAUUUGGUGGCAGCCCUGGAUCCGAGGGCAGCCUCUAAUACACUCUGCCUGAAUACGCUUGUGGAACAUACUGGUCGCGUCUUUCGUUUGCAAUUCGACGAGUUCCAGAUUGUGAGCAGCUCGCACGAUGAUACAAUUGUGAUUUGGGACUUUCUAAAUUUCACACCCAAUGAGAACAAGGCCGGACGCACACCGUCACCGGCCUUGAUGGAACAUUAACAUUUCGUGCAACGGCAGCUGCGCGAGUUGAACCUAAUACCCUCGAGCGACGACGACGACGAGGACGAGGACGAUGGGGAUGGAGAUGAAGACAGAGAUGGCGAUUUCGAGGACGAGAUUUCGAGAGAUGAUGCUGGGGCUGUUAUGGGGGGAUAUGUUAGGCAUCAGGAUGCUGCCGAUGGCUCGGGCUCUAUCACGGGUUCAGGUUCAGGUUCCUCCGACCCAGAGCUGGAGGAGGACCUGGACUAUGAUUUAGAUGAUGUUGAGAAUAUUGAUGAUUAUGAUGAAUGAAGGUAGCCAGCGUAAAAACAUACAACAAUUUUGGAAUCCAAGUUACAGCGAUCUCUGAGCGUCUAUUUUACAAUCACACACCCACACACACUCAACACACACACACACAACUACAUCCACACAGGCACACACACACACACAUGGAAUAAGAUUAAAAUGAAGUUAUAAAGCAAACAACAAUAAAAGCAAAAGGCGUAUAUAUAGAAAACACGAAAAUAUUUUUGCAAAACUGGCUGUUAGGUUGUUUGUCAUGUACGAAUAUGAGAAUAUAAAGAGACGAAACUUUUGUAUUAGUUACUUAGGCGCUGUAAUACUAAUCAAAGGGUCAGUAGUCCUCGAAUCGAUCGGGCGUUACUUUAAGUGUUUCUUUAGCUCAAAUACACAAGCCAGAAUCGCGUGAACUGUCAGCUGCGAGGCAACUGGAAUCUGCAGGACGGCCAGCGAAGAGAGUUCAGUCUUUAGCAUAAAUGUUAGUUAGAGUUGCUUCAUUGAAAUUGGCAAGCAAGAGCAUCAGUUUGCACAUUUGUAACCUAUUUUAGCAUGCCUAUUGCCUAAUGUUUGUGUUAAUUGUAAAGUUUAAACUUAAGCCUAGUAUUUUAUUGGCAAUUGUAAGCUAAGUUACCCCAAAUGCAAAAUACAAAUAAUUUAAAUGAA